AUGAAAAUAGAAAAUAGCUGUUAAGAAAGCAAUAGAGAAGAAGCUAAAUAGUAAGAUGAAGAAAAUAUAAAGUGUGAGGAUGGAGAUGAAGAAGAAGAGGAAGACAACAGAGGACACAAGGCUAAGGUUAGGGCACAAUAAUUGAUUCAGUAUUUGAAUGCUACUUAGCAAGAUAUAAACAAAUCUAUAGCAGAAUUUAAAUAGUUUUUACUCUCUACGUUGGGUAUUGAAGAAAUAUGUUUUAUUCCAGUUAUACAUUGUUCUUAGGCAUAUGGUGUUGUUUUUAGGCAUAAAUCAGGGGUUAAGAUAAGUUAUUCUGGAGAUACAAGACCAUGCUCUGAAUUUGCUAAGGUUGCUGAAGGAUCUGAUUUGAUGAUCCAUGAAGGUACAUUUAACAAUGAUUUAUUAGAGCAUGCAAAAAAAGCAAGACACUCUACAGCUACAGAAGCCAUUGAAAUAGCAAUGUAAGCAAAAGUUAAAGCCUUAGUUUUAACGCACUUGUCUAAAAGACAUUCAAAAUUAGAUUUAGGAGAUUUUUAAGAUUAAACUUUAGAAAAAAAUAGAUUUAUCAAAUACCAAACAGCGCUAGCAUUAGAUCAUUUAUAAUUUAAACUGUCUGAGUUCUACUCUUUACCAUUUAUUUCAAAAGGUGUGCAUUCUAUCUUCCCAGAUUAAGACGAAAAAUGA